AUGCCUGAAGGAAUCAUCAUCCGCGGUUCUACCGUCACCGACCAGACUAUCGCAAAACCAACCGCCACCUUCACCGGCGAGGUCUACAUGGAUCUGAUCAACCGCGAUACAUCCGUCGCAAUGGCGAACGUCACAUUUACCCCCUGUGCUAGAACGCACUGGCACACCCAUGAAGGUGGACAAGUCAUUCGCGUCCUUUCGGGGUCAGGGUGGAUCUGUGACAAGGGCAAAGAAGCUCGUAGAAUCAAAGCUGGGGAUACCGUUUGGGCACCGGCGGGAACAACGCAUUGGCAUGGUGCAGAUGACGGGUCGCUUAUGACGCAUUUUGUUGUUGGGCUUGGACAGACAGUGUGGCAUGAUGCUGUGAGUGAUGAGGAGUAUAAGAGGAGGAGUGAUGCGUGA